AAUAAAGGUAAGUGUUCGUACUUAGUAGUAUGGUUGGUUUCUCUGUCCUCAACUUAACAAAAAUGUCAAAACUAUGACAUUAAAAAAAAAAGUUAAAUCUGAUUAAUAAACAAAAAAAAAAAGUUUCACACUUCACGCCAUUUUUGUUUCAAGUCUCAUUCUCUCUCACUUCCUCGCUCAAAGACUCCCUCUUCUCGAACCUGCAAAAUCCUUGUUUCGUUUCGUCUCUCUGGUCAGGAAUCAAACACGAUUCUUAGAAACCAAAGAGAAGAUAGAAAUGGCGCCCAGAGGAAGAAAAAAGGAUUUGAAAAGAUCAGUGUGUGGUGGAGGUUUGGGACUUGUGAGAAAAGAAUAUGCACUAGCAGAUUGGAUUGAGGCGAGAGGAUGCAGCUCGAGACCGCAUGAAAGAGUAUGGUUUUGACAAGCGUGUUAUCAAUGCGAGUAUCAAGCACGUGCCAGAGGUGUAUGGUGAGGACCAAUGGUUUCUGAUCGAAGAUGGUAACUAUGCUGCCCUCCUUUCUAUUUGCCUUGAAAAGCAAGAGGAACAAGAAGAAAUGUGUCUAGUAAAACAAGAAGCAGAAGAAGAAAAGGAGGCUGAUGCAUUAUCGAUCACUAACGAAGCAGUCAUGGACUCAUCGCCACCAGCUUUUCAAUUCGUAGAAGCAUCAGUAUAUAAUGCACGCCAUUCUGUUGGAGGUGCCCAGAGUUCUCACUGUGGGUGGCUAAGCAGUGAGGAGGAGACAGAUCCAGAUGAGGAUGAGGGUACUGAUGGUGAUGAUGAUGAGAUGAUUCAGCUAACUCCAGAACCUCUCUGUGAAGAACUUGAAGACCUCCUCAGGGAAGUAUAUGGACAGAAGAAGAUGAAGCACAACUAAGGAGUCAUAAGCUCAUGUAACGACAGUUAAUAUAUAUCAAACUUGAGUUAAGAGACUAAGAAGUGUAGUGAAAGAGUAAGCUAGUACUAGAGUAAAAAGGUAAAAGACCCCCUCUCACAAAUAUGUUUAGGUCUUUACGUAUUGGUUUAAUUUAGUUUUUAAGAAGAUUUGUCAUGAGGUUUAAAAGUUCUUUGAUAUACAAAUAAAUUGUGUCGCAGACUCGCAGUAGUUUAAAUCAGUUUUUCA